GCCUCCUCAAGGCGCUUCUCCCUUCAUUGCUGUGUUUCAUCUCACACUUUCUUGUUCCAACACAUCUCUCUCUUCUCCCCAAGAACCCUUCUUCCAUGGAAGAUGACGACGAGUUCGGAGAUUUAUAUACUGACGUCCUCCGACCUUUUGGUUCACCAUCUUCCACCGUCCCUCAGUCUUUCUCUGCGCCCCCAACUUCCAGCCGCUCGAUCGAUCUCAAUCUCCAGACCCAUCAGGAAGAGAUCCUCCCCGCAACUUCUUACUCUAAUUCAGCUGUUCCCUACCAGCCGUCCGAUCAAAUCGUAGCUCCAAAACAGGAGAAGCUUGUCGAAGAAUCUGCUGUUGCUGGUGCUUCCAAUUCUACGACCGGUUUGAUCGGGCGCGAUGAGAUUGAUGGCCGUAGACCUGGGAAGGAAGGGGAAUCAGCUGAGGGGGCUGGGGUUAUUGAACGUGGAGGUGCAGAAUUGGGUGAUAGGGCUCUACAGGAUGCAAACCGUGAUAAGGAAUCUGGCAUUGGUGAUGUGCGCGACGAAAUUCCUGCGAAAGGUGACGAUUUGACGGAGAAGGAUGUAAAAUUUGAUAUCGAGGACGAUGGUGAUGGAAUUGAAGAGGUGGGUUCCGAGCCAAUUAUUCCUGGGUUAUCAAGUGGUGCUGGCGGCUAUGUCGAUGGUGUAGUUGCUGCAGCAGGCGGCGAAGCUGUGGGAAGGUUUGAUGAGAACGGCGACAGAGGCGAGGGCGAUGAUUGGGAUAGUGACAGUGAGGAUGAUUUGCAGAUAGUGUUAAAUGACAACAAUCAUAUGGACAUGGACAGAGGUGGAAUGGUGGGCGACGGCGAUGACGACGAUGAAGAUAGCGAGCUGGUUAUCGUGACAGAUGGCGACCCAAGUCAGGCAGCGGAGGUGCAAGAGUGGGGCGAGAACUCAGCUCAACCCGCUGAUGGUGAGAGGAAGGAUAUGGGCGACUCUGCCAAAGCAAGUGGGGGCGUGACAGUGGCGCCAAAAGUUGGUUAUAGCAGUCAUGGAUAUCAUCCAUUUCAUUCGCAGUUCAAGUAUGUCAGGCCUGGUGCAGCGCCAAUACCUGGAGCAUCUACUAUUCCAGGAGUAUCUGCUGGUCAGAUCCGUCCACCUGCUAACGUGGUUCCUAUGGCUGGUCGUGGGAGAGGGGACUGGAGACCUCCUGGAAUAAAAGGCGCUGCUGCUUUACAAAAAGGUUUUCAUGCGGGUCCUGGAUUACCUGUUUGGGGCAACAGUGCAGGAGGGCGGGGCUUUGGUGGUGGACUGGAAUUUACUCUUCCCUCCCACAAGACCAUAUUUGAUGUUGAUAUCGAUAGUUUUGAGGAAAAACCUUGGAAAUAUCCUGGUGUUGACACAUCAGACUUUUUCAACUUUGGUUUGAAUGAGGAGACCUGGAAAGAUUACUGCAAGCAGCUGGAACAACUACGCCUGGAGUCUACAAUGCAAAGCAAAAUCCGUGUAUAUGAAAGUGGCCGAAUGGAGCAGGAGUAUGACCCAGAUUUACCUCCUGAAUUAGCAGCAGCUGCUGGUAUACAUGAUGUGGGGGUGGAAAGUACAAAUUCUGUAAAAUCAGAUUUUGGGCAUAGUGAUGUUGGAAAAGGUUCUGGGCGUGUGAGGCCACCACUUCCAACUGGGAGAGCUAUACAGGUGGAAGGUGGCUAUGGUGAACGGCUUCCUUCUAUUGACACUCGACCCCCACGAAUCCGUGAUUCAGAUGCAAUCAUUGAGAUUGUUUUGCAGGAUUCUGCCGAUGAUGAUUCCUCUGCAGGGAAUGCCCUGCAAGAUCAGUUUGAGGGAGGAGAGCCCCAGAGAACUGAUUUUGAAGAGGAUGAUGUUGAUGAGGCUCCAAAUACGGAGCGUGAGUAUGUUGAUGGAUUUCCACAAGAUUAUAAUAGUAGAAACAGAGAUCUGGUUGGAAAAAGAAUGACAGGCACGAAGUCCCCACCUGCUGAUGUGCCUGAUGGAGGUGAAACUUUGCCUUCCUCUCAGGAAGAACCAGUCAACUACACUGGUACUAGAGGCCAAACCUCUAGACCCAGUGGCAGCAAUUUUGUCUCCUCUGAUGAGGAAAGGCAGAGGCAUAUGCAAGGAAGGGCAAAUUCUCGUAUAUCUCCUAGUCAAGAAAUUAAUGACAAUAAAAAAGAAGAUUCAGAUGGAAGCAUGGAAAGGAGAGACAAUUCACACUUGUCAUCUCCGAUCACUAACAAUGCAAGAGAGUCUAGUGUUGGGGAUGAGGAUGCUGAUGUUGAUGAGCCUGGGACAGCUGGUGAAAGUUCCAAAAUGGAAAAGGAGGAAAUGGAUCCCAAUGCAGUAGACACGAGAGCUACCUUUAAGAGCAGUGAUGGGAAGAGACAGAAGUUAACACCUCAAGAUGAGGAACCUCUACUUGAUGAAGUUGAUGAUUGGGAGAACUCGAAAGCAGCAAGAAGUAGUGAUAACAGCAAAGCAAGUUCAGUAAGGAGCAGGGGCUAUCAGAAGCGGCUGGAUGGUUAUGAGGAGGAAGUGGUUCAGGACGCACAGUCAUCACGUCUGGGUGCAAAUAGAAGGCAUUUUGAUGAAAAUGAACACGAUCUCCAUAGAAGAGAGAAUGAAGGAAGGCAAGAACCUGAAAGAGAUCGCCUAUUGCCUAAAGGCCGAGAGGAAUCAUACCCUUAUAAGGAGUGGCAUCCUAACUCAGCUCAUCAAUUGCACAUGAAGACUGAUGGAUUUGGUAGGCAAAAAGAUAGGGACAGCUCUGACAUUUCUUGGGCCCGUAGAGAUGAUGAUCCCUAUGGCAGAAGAGGCAGAAAUGAUGAACCAAGGAAGAGGGAUAGGGUUAAAGUUCGGGAGAAUGAGAGAAGUGACAGAGAUGAUAGCCUCUAUUCAAGAAAACAGUUGGAUAAUGGUAGUUAUAGGGUUCCCUAUGAUAAGGAUAUAGGGCUAAGAGACUCAGGAUACUGGGAAAAAGAUGAUGGCUUGAAGAGUAGGUAUGACACUAUGGAAGAUUACCAUAGCAAGAGGAGGAAGGAUGAGGAGUAUCUUAGGAGGGAGCAUAUUGAUAAAGAAGAUAUUUUGCAUGGCUACAGGGAGAGUGCCAGCAGGCGUAGGAGAGAGAGAGAUGUAGUGUUGGAUCCACGGAAGAGAAAUGAUCCACAAAGAAGUAGAGACAACUUAGAAGAUCAUUAUGCCUCCAGGCAGAAGGAUGAUGGAUUACUACUGAAGGAGAGGUCUGAUAGGCUGAGAGAUAAGGAGGAGUGGCAUAGGGCAAAACAGUCCCAUGAAGAACAUCCAUCGAAGCAUGAAAGAGAAGAGGGAAGGAGUUCUGUAAGAAGUGGACGGGGUGCUGAAGAAAAAUCAUGGGUUGGCCAUGUUAGGGCUCAUGAUGAGCACAGAGCUUCUGCGAAAGAGUACCAAUCUAGAGAUGCAACACGACCUGGUGAACAAGUGAAAAGAAGGGAUCGAAUUCGGGAUGAAAGUCCUCAUCAUAAGGGGCGUGAGGAUUCUUAUGCCCGCGGAAAUCACUAUGGUAGUGAGGAAAGGCGAUCUAGGCAGGAAAGGUCAAGUAGUCGUGGUGAUCGUGCUGCUAAUGUUUCAGAUAACCAAAGAGUUCAUGAGAAAAGGCAUAAAGAGGGCACAAGGAGAAGCAAAGAAUCUGAUGUCGGUGAUCAUAAUAGUCUGUCCAAGAGGAAUCAGGAAGAUCAAAGUGGUCAGACCAACAAGAAGAGCUCAAGAGUCUCCAAUGAAGGAGGACGUACUGAGCAAGAAAUGUCAGGGCAUCAUCUGUCAAGAAAACACCGUGAAGUCAUUUCUUCAGAUGAUGAACAACAAGAAUCUCGUAGAGGAAGAUCUAAAUUGGAACGCUGGACAAGUCAUAAGGAAAGGGAUUUCGGUGUGACUGGCAAGCCAUCAUCUUCCAUGAAGUUCAAAGACAUUGAUAAAGAUAACAAUGGUGCUUCUUCUGGAUCUGGCAAACCCUUGGGUGAAUCUGCCAAAACGGUUGAUGCUGUUGAUAACCAACACAACGCAUCUGCUGAAGGAAAGGAUUACAUGGAUAUGGACAGUAAAGAUGCUGAUCCGAAGGGAUCAGGGGAUCGGCACAUUGAUACAGUUGAGAAGUUGAAGAAACGCAGUGAGCGGUUCAAGCUUCCAAUGCCGAGUGAGAAAGAGGCUCUGACUAUAAAAAAGCUGGAGAGUGAACCAUUGCCUUCUGCCAAAAGUGAAAAUCUCGUGGAUUCAGAAGUCAAACAAGAGCGACCAGCACGAAAAAGAAGAUGGAUCAGUAACUAGAUGGAAAGAAGUGCGGAAUCUCACCAAAAAUGUACCGAUGCAGUUGGAGAUUUUCUGCUAGGCCUAGUUCUUGCAAGCCUAGAACCCCAGCAAGCCAGCCAUGCAAUAUCUAUAUUGAAGAUGGCAUCUUUAGGGUUUCAGAUGAUUUGUACUUCAGUUAUUAUGUCAUUUUUGUAACCGUGCUUCCAACAUAGACAUCAUACUAUAUGUAUAUACAGGUGAAAACGUAAAAUUGGAACUGGUCACUGUAGGUGGCACAUUUUUCCGGUCUGGGCUGAGGAUUAUGUUGGGAAUUUGACUAAGGGUCGGAUACAAUACAUUCAGAAACCAUUGACAUCGCUGGUGAGGCAUGAGCCUAAAACUGGCCAUCUCUUGUGGCCUGGCAGGUCCGAGGACUCGAGAAAACACAGGAAGCAUCCUGGUUGGCGGAGGACCCUCGUAAGAUGUCAGAGACGACCUGUCUUUUGUUGUAGAUUAUAACCAAAUUCUGAUUACCCUUUUAUUCUUUCCGAUCAUAACAUUGUAGGAUAGUGGCUGUUAAGGGAUAGAGUAGAGAGCCUAUAUAUAGUGAACCAAGGGAAGGGAAUGUAACUGUUCUGGAAUAUGAACAGGUAGUGGAAGAAAGUAACAGCAAAAUUAUUGCCAAAUGCCGAUUAUAAAUCUUUCUUGCCGUAUGGUUUAAGUUUAACAA